AUGAAAGGUUAUGAACCAAGGUCAAGUUCCUCUUGUGCAGCCUGCAAGUUUCUGAAAAGAAGAUGCAUACCAAAUUGUAUAUUCGCACCCUACUUUCGCGCCGACGAGUGCAAGAAAUUCGCGAAAGUCCACAAAGUUUUCGGAGCAAGCAAUGUGAGCAAGAUUCUGAUUGAAGUUCCGGAGGAACAACGGGAAGAAACUGUGAAUUCUUUGGCUUAUGAAGCUGAUGCUAGGCUUAAAGAUCCUGUUUAUGGAUGCAUAGGUGCUAUAGCAAUUUUGCAGAGGAAGAUGGUUGAACUUCAACAUGAUCUUGCUAUUGCCAAGGAUCGCCUCGCUUGUUGCGCUGCUGUUGCUGCUACUGCUGCUGCGACUCCAAGUUCUUCUUCGAAUGAUUUGAUGAAUUCUAAUGUUAGUUUGCCGCCUUUUCCUGAGUUUUUCUCUUGCAGUGAUUUCAAUGAUAAUUUUAGCCACAGUUCUUCGUCUCAAUCGUUUAGUCGAAACGAAACGGUGGAUGAUAUCUUUCAAAUUCCUUAUAUAUUUUGA